AGAGCUCCUGAUCCCGGAUCGCCUGCUCCGGAGUUAGUGGGAUGAAGAGCCACUGAAUGGUUUUGCACACAGGAGUUCGGAUCCUCACUGGGCACAGCCAUGCCGGCGCUUCUCCUCCUGAUUCUGCACGUGUUGCAGUUUGCCAGAGCUGGGAAACAGGGCGAUGGAUCUUGCAAUUUCAUCAGGGAUACCUGUGGGUACGAGUGGGACCCUGCACACCGACAGUGGAGCAUCAAUUCACGGGGGGAUUACAUCUACAUUGAAGGGUCCCCUAACGGCAGGGUAGAGACGGCUUUCCUUACCAGUCCUGACCUUCCGCCUCUGGGAGAAAGCUGCGUGAGGCUCGUGUACCAGAUGACUGGUUCAGAUCCAGGAAGACUGAAUAUGUACGUUCGACCCGAAGGAGACAGUUUUGAUUUUUUGCUGUGGUCUUCUAUUGACCCAUCUGACAGCUGGAUAAUCGCUAGCAUAGACUUUAGGAACAUAGCAGCCAAAUCCAAGCUAGUCCUGGAAGGUAUAAUUAAUCCGGAUGCAGAGGCUAGCAUUGCAGUCAGCGUGAUCAGUAUUACUCCUGGAUUUUGCAUUGUGUGCACUUUUGAAGACAAACAUUUUUGUGGCUACAACAACAGAUGGAAUCCAAAUUUAAACUGGCUGGUGGGUGGAGGUACAGUCCGCGAUUCACCGAGAAACCUGCCUGCUGAUCACACACUGGACGAUGAACUGGGUCACUAUAUGUACGUGGACUCAGUUUACAUCACAAAUUUACAGGAAGUGGCUCAAUUGGUGUCACCGUUGACAACCUCGGUUCUGUCUGGGUGUUUGUCCUUCUAUUACCAACUGGAACAGAAGAGCUCCAACUCAUUCGUGGUGUACACAAAAGACAGGCGCGGACACUAUGAAGAGAUCUGGAGAGCGACUCAGGCUGUGGACAGCUGGAGCUUAGUGGAGGUCGACAUUGAAGCCUCGCACUCUUUUCAGAUUGUGUUUGAAGUCACUUUCAGCAGUAUUGAUGGAGGUCAUGUAGCUUUGGAUGAUAUUUUUUUCUCUUCACAUUUCUGCAGUAAUAAAACAGCACUGCUCCUUGACCCAUCUAUGGCAAAUUGUGACUUUGAUGAUGGGCUUUGCAAUUAUUCCCAAAACCAUGAGGAUAACACAAAAUGGACUAGACUGGUCAGGAAACCAAAUCCUUUCCGAUUCGGAGACCACAGCAGUGGAAUGGGUGGCUUUUUGAUUUCCAAUGCAAGAUACGGAGCUUGGCAAGACUAUAUGGGAUAUCUUAGUGGUCCAAUCCUGCCAGCGAACCUACAGUACUGUGUCCGCUUUUUUUAUGCCUUAAGCCAUUUCGGUAUAACAGAGGAUGCACUCGCAGUGUAUAUCUAUGAUGAUCAAGACAAAGUUCUAGAGAAAAUCUGGUCAAUCCCCAAAUCUCAAACCAGAGUGUGGAUUCAGGCUGAAAUCAACUACCACAGACAAGAGCCCAGUAAGAUAGCGUUCGUCAGCAUCUGUCAGAAUUUCUGGAACUGUGGACAGGUUGCACUGGAUGAUGUUACAGUGAGCCAAGGAGACUGUCAGAGCCCUGGAGGCUCCUGGCCAGCUCAUCCCGGAGAGUGCAGUUUUGAUGUAGGCAGUUGUGGGUUCAUUCAGGACAACAAGGACAAAAGCAAUUGGCACAGGAGAAGUGGUAUGACACCAACCUCCUUCACAGGUCCCAAAGGAGAUCACACAACAGGGGUAGGGCAUUACAUGUACAUUGAAGCCUCUCAUAUGAGACGUGGGUAUAACGCCCGUUUGCUGACAUGGCAACUACGGGAGUUCACUGGCCGGCAGUGCUUGACAUUCUUCUACCACAUGUAUGGCUUGGGCACUGGGUCACUAAAUGUUUAUUUAAUUAAGGAGAAGACUCAAGAAACUCUCAUGUGGAAUCGAAAAGGCGAGCAGAGUAUAUCUUGGCUGAAGGCCUUUGUAGACUAUGAGUGUGAGAAGAACCAUCAGAUUGUCUUUGAAGCAGUUCGUGGUCGAGCAAUAAGCAGUGACAUUGCAAUAGAUGACAUUUUAUUUAAGAAAGGACCCUGUAAAGAGCAUAGAAAAACAUUGCCACACAAUCGAGGGUCUCCAUACCAGCAGAUCUGAAUGACUGUUGUCUAGAGUUCCAUUAUUUGGGUCACAUGUGAAGUGCAACAAGAGGGCAGGAUUCACCUCAGUAACUUGAAAAAGCCUUUACUGUGGAUCUUGUAAACGUUGUAAAUUAUUCUGGGUUAUUCCUUCUUGGCCUUCACCGUAGGUGAAAAAAGUUCAAUUGAAUGGCUUUUAUUCAAUAAAUGUCUACUCCCAGCAAGGGCAAAGGAUUGACCAUUCUUAAGUCUACACUUUAGAAAUUGUGAGUGUGUGGCUUUUGCCAGAGAAGCAGUACAGAAUGGCCUCAUCCAAGUCUCCCCGAUGUUAGUUAUUAAUAUACAUAUUUACUUGGAAUUGCAUGGUACGAUCUGUAAAUAUUAGGUAUUGUUUGUGUUCUUUUUUAAGAUUUAUCUUCAGCAGUUAUUGGCCAAGCCCUCCAGGCGGUUGGAUCCAGGUUGUGCUGUGUAUGUACUCAGUUUGAAUAAAGUUGGGUGGAAGACUUCGUAUUGA